CAAAACUCUCACACACCAUAAUUACAGAAGCUUAAUCUCCUUUCCAAUAUAUUCUUAUCUACUUUCUCUAUUAAAACCCUAAAAUAACCAAACACAACCUCCUUUAGACCUCCAUGGCUGAAGAGAAGCACCACCAUCACCUCUUCCACCACCACAAGGACCAAGACAACCCUACCCAAACUAACUACUCCACCGAUGGCUAUAGUGGCACUGGCCAGCAGGGCGGCUACGAUGGCAACUCCGGCGAAGGUUACGAUAGCGGUAAUGGUGGUCGCACUGGCGGGUACGGUGAAGGGUACGGUAGUGGUGGUCGGACUGGUGGGUACGGUGCGGACUCUGGUAGCACUGGGGGGUACGGUGGUGAUUCCGGUGAAGGGUACGGUCGUGGCGGUCGCACUGGCGGGUAUGGUGGUGAUUCCGGUGAGGGUUACGGUAGCGGCGGCCGGACGGGCGGAUACGGUGGUGAGUAUGGAGAAAAGUACGGUAGCGGUGGACGGACUGGUGGGUACGGUGGUGAGUCCGGUGAAGGUUACGGUAGUGGUGGUCGCACCGGCGGAUAUGGUGGUGAGUCCGGUGAAGGUUACGGUAGUGGUGGUCGCACCGGCGGAUAUGGUGGUGACUCAGAAGUGUACGGUAGUGGUGGCCGGACCGGUGGAGAUGAAGUAGAUUACGAGAAGGAGGAGAAGCAACACAAGCAUAGGGAGCACCUGAGUGAGCUUGGUGGUGCGGGUGCUGGAGCUUUUGCCUUGCGUGAGAAGCACGAGGCAAAAAAGGACAGAGAGCAUAGUCACAGGCACAAGAUAGAAGAGGAGAUAGCGGCAGUAGCUGCAGUUGGAGCUGGAGGAUUAGUCUUCCAUGAGCAUCAUGAGAAAAAAGAGGCUAAGAAAGAAGAUGAGGAGGCUCAUGGAAAGAAGCACCAUCAUCACGUUUUCUAAAUCCGGCCUAUAUAUGAUCUAUUAUAUCUAUCUACCUAUUUAUAUAAAUAUAUAUAUAUAUAUAUAUAUAUAUGUUUGUUGUGUUUGAUUGCUUUGGCUUUAUUUGUUUUUUGCAUGUUUUAUGUUCAAAUAGUAUAUGCAAACUACCCUAUAAAGUAUUUACCAAAUAAGAACUACCCUAUUUACCCAAAAAAAUAAAUGAAUAAGAACUACCCUAUAAAGUAUGUCUGUACCAUGUGUAAGCGAAUGCUUCCAGCUUACUGAAUUUGUGUCCUAUUUUUUUUCUGGUUUUGUAAUUUUCGCAUAAUGCAAUUUCAAUGAGAUUAAACUAUUCAUCUUA